GGGGAAACUGUCUCAGCUGGUCUCUGUGAACACAGGACAUCUAGCAUACCAUCUCCCGUUGAGUAGUUGGAUUGCAACACAGGGCGCAUGCAGACCAUCAGGCUGUGCAUUCUUUAGCUGGUGGCUAAUUUUCAGACAGUCCUCGACUUGGGUCUGGGUAAACAGCACCGCCCCGAUGGUUGUUUGUUUAAAGUGUGGAACGAUCCAUCGCAGAGCGCCGGGCUCGAUUGACACUGUCUGCUGAUCUGCUACUGCGGAUUGCUCAGAAUAACAGGGCUGCUCGCUAAUUCCCGUCUAUCGGAGCUUUCGGCGAAACACCGAGAGAGUAGGGUCCAAAAAAAGCCAACAAGGCAGGCAAGAACCUCGCUCCGCCGGAGUCCGCACCCGAGAAUGGCUUCAGGAGACCUUUACGAGGUGGAGCGCAUCGUGGACAAGAGGCGGAACAAGAAGGGCAAGUGGGAAUACCUGAUAAGAUGGAAAGGUUAUGGCAGUAAGGAGGACACAUGGGAGCCAGAGCACCACCUACUGCACUGCGAGGAAUUUAUUGACCAGUACAACAGCCUGAAACUGCUUUCACACAAACGGCCCAAGGUUCCAAAAAAUCGUCAGGAGCCCCUUAUCACCAGCCAGCCAUCUGCUACAGAAAACUCCAGAGCUCGGUCUGAGACCCGAAAGAAAAAAAGGACGUUUGGCCCAGCUGUUGGAGUUAGAGUAGGAGCUGUUCUGGGGAUAGGAAGUUCAGGGUCAGGUGGUCCCACACAGAAGCAGAAGAAGGUGGCUGUUGGACCUGGGAAACAUGCCUUAGGGGAUCGGAUAAGAAAAGCUAUGACGUACAAGGCUCUUCCACCGGGAGGGCAUCACUUUGUUCCUCCAAUGAGGGUCCCUUAUAACGGACUGCAGAAUGGAGACAUGGACCCUCUCAUGUACAGGACAGCAGCAAGGCCACAUAGACUCCCUUUGGACAGAGCGGAAAGAGAACUAGGAGCCAUGGAAACCACUGGACCACAGUUCACCACUGAGCUAGUGUCAGGCCCUCCUCUGGCCAACGGCAAGAUGCAUCUACACAGCUCAGUAAAGCGGAAGCUGGCCGAGGAUAAAGGCUACGUGUUCGACAAGCGGCUCAGGUAUAACGUGCGACAGAACGAGAGCAACUGUCGAUUCCGAGACAUCGUGGUCAGGAAGGAGGAAGGCUUCACUCACAUCCUGCUCUCCAGCCAAACUACAGACAACAACGCUCUGACACCAGAGAUCAUGAAGGAAUUGUGUCGAGCUCUUGGUAAUGCAGCUGCCGAUGACAGUAAAUUAUUACUGCUCAGCUCCGUGGGGACCGUCUUCUGCAGCGGCCUGGAACCCUCGUACCUGAUAGGCCGCCUGUCCACUGACCGCAGGAAAGAGAGCAGCCGCAUCGCAGAGGCUGUCAGGGAGUUUGUGUUGGCCUUCAUCCACUUCAAGAAACCUAUCGUGGCAGCAAUAAAUGGGCCUGCCCUGGGCUUAGGGGCCUCGAUCCUGCCCCUGUGUGAUGUGGUGUGGGCCAGUGAGAGAGCCUGGUUCCAAACUCCGUGUGCUGCCCUUCACCUCACUCCCUCUGGAUGCUCCUCUUACACCUUUCCCCAGAUCCUGGGUGUAGCUCUGGCCAACGAGAUGCUGUUUUGUGGAAGAAAACUCACGGCACAAGAAGCAUGCAGUCGAGGUCUGGUGUCGCAGGUCUUCUGGCCAACCACAUUUAACCAAGAAGUGAUGCUGCGUGUGAAGGAAAUGGCAUCGUGUAAUGCAGUGGUUUUAGAAGAAUCCAAAUGCCUGGUGAGGAGCAUUAUCAUGUCAGUCCUGGAGGAGGUGAAUGAGAAGGAGUGUCAGAUGCUGAAGCAGCUGUGGUGUUCAACCAAAGGACUAGAGGCACUCUUCAGUUAUCUGCAAAACAAGACCAGAGGGGAUUCUCUGGAGUUCUGUUUGCUCACAUGUCUACCAACAACAACUUCCUGGUAUUCUUCUAUUGUGAAUCUACUUCUGUUAUAUAUUUAUUGGACCCAUAACUGUCCAGCUGUUUAUUGUAUAGAAAUCAAAGAGCAAAGGGCCAAAUGUGCAUUGCCUAAGUAAAGUCUGAAGGAGGUUCGUCAGGGAGGUACAGUGUUUCUGUACAUAUGUGUCUUUGAAAUGAUCAGGAUGUAUGAAAUCAGUUAAUGUCUGAGAGCACAUAAAUAGGUGAUAAUACAUAUGUUAAAAUAUAUUUAUUUCAAUUGUGUAAAAGAGUUGCUUUCUGAAUAGAAGGAUUUUCUUUUUGUCACUUAUUGUUUUGAAUUGAAAUCAAGGUUUUCAUGGGGACACUGUUUCUCGAUCCUUACGUGCACAUUCCAUCCUCUCUAUUAAAGAGAAAAAUAGCCGCAAAUACUCAUAUAUGCUCAUACAAUCAGUGGAUCACAUUCAGUGCUUGAAUCUUCAUUAAAACACUCUGGAUAAUUAAA